CGCCAUCUGUUUUCGUCAUCCAUCUCCUGUCAAACCACUGAAAUUAUUCUACCUGUGUGCUCGCGAUUAGCUGUUCGAUCAUUUUAGCCCAAUUUAGUGAAAAAGCGUGUUUUUGUUUUUUACAACUUUAGUUACACCGUGAUUGUGAUUUAAUUUUCAAUAUGAUUCCAUUGAUUUUACUCGCUGAAGAGGAAGAUCAAAGGGAAGAGAAGAUGAAUCAACAACGCUAUCGUAGGUGUCUUCGGUUAAACAGAAGCGUGAUUGAACUCCCACGCAAUAGGUAAUAAAUUAUUGCUUAUCUCUUCGGUUUUGAAACAUGACAAUUCUGAUACAUACUAUAUUUCAGUUUUAUACAAAAUUUCCGAGUUUCACAUGAUAUUUUCGUCGAAAUUCUUCGUGAAAUUGAAGGUGACCUUACUCCUGGUACAUCGAUUGGUAUAACAGCCGAACAAAAAUUAGCUGCAGCUCUACGGUUUUUCGCAACAGGUCACUUCCAACAAGGUGUUGGAAAAGAUUUCCACAUACCAAUGGCACAGUCGACGUUUUCUACUAUGUUGACCAAGGUUUUGAACAGUAUGGAACGGAAGCUAUGUUCAAAAUACAUCAUGUUGGAUAUGUCCGAAGCAGACGCAGAAGCAGCAAACCAGUAUUUUAACGAGAAAUCUGGAAUCAGUGGCGUAGUUAUGUGUGCAGAUGGGACACACAUCAGAAUAAAGCGCCCAAAUACGAAUGAGCAUUUCUACUACAAUCGCAAAGGAGUUUUCAGUAUAAAUGCUUUGAUGAUAUGUGAUCACCAGCAAAGAAUAAGAUUUGUAAAUGCAAAAUAUGGUGGAGCCAAACACGAUGCGCAUGUAUGGAACCGGAGCCCUGCGCGUAGUUUUUUUGCGGCCAAGCAUCGCAACGGCAACACAGCCUUUAAGUUGCUAGGUGAUUCAGCAUAUCCAAGAGAAGACUGGUUACUCAUACCUGUCAGAGAUGCAAAUCCGAGCUCUGCAGAUGCUCAGUACAACGAACGACACACUGCAGGACGUAUUAUAAUUGAGCGAACGUUUGGAGUUUUAAAAAGCAGAUUUCGAUGUCUUGCCGGAACACGAGAGCUACAAUAUGCACCUUCCAAAUGUGUUAAAAUAAUAAAUGUAUGUUGUGCGCUUCACAACAUGUGCAUCGAACAUGGAAUAAAUUCAUAACAAAUCA